AACUUUCCACAAUUCUUUAGCCCCCGGUUUUUAUUUCCUCUAAUAAUUCCAUUAAUUAUAAUCUUAAUCAUCAUCUACAUCCUCUGAUCUGUCUUUGUUUAAUUUCUUUUGGGAUCUUCCCUCGAUUCUCUCACUAUUAUUCCCUUUACCCAAUUAUUUAAAACUCCCAAUUGGAUCUAAUUUCUACCUCCAAAUUCCUUUCCUACUCACAUUAAUAUUCAAAUUGUUUUGGAAUUUCAUUAGGAUUUUUAAGUUUCUAUAAAAACUCUACUUACAUUCUCAUAUGGGUUUCUUUUAAAUCACUUUAAUCCUUUCAAAAUCUUAAAAAGUUCAAUACUUUCUGCUGUUUCAGUUUCUGGGUUUCUCUUGAAACUAAUUUUAAUCUUGUUGGUAUCUUUUAAAUUAGUUCAAUUGUGUUUCAAAUUCUGUAACAAGUUCAAUUUGAGCCUCAAAAUUACAAAAAAGUAUGGUGACAGUCAAUUUAGGAAUGCUUCAUUAUGUGGUGGACCAUAUAUAUGGAGCAUUAAUGCAUAGAAGCAAAUUGAGCCCACUGUUUUUUUCUAGAGGAUGGGGCGGUUCGAAGCUUGAGCUUUUGGAGAGAAUGAUUAAGCAGCUGUUUCCUGAGGUGGAAGGUCAGAAUUGGCCUCCGAGUUUGGUACAGCCCGUUUGGAAGACAGUUUGGGAGACUAAAAGUGCUUGUUUAAGAGAAGGGACUUUUAGGACACCUUGUGAUGAGCAGCUUCUUGGUGCAUUGCCUCCUGAGAGUCACAUUGCAAGGGUUUCUUUUUUGGCCCCUAAAUUUGUUCCUCCCCAGAAGAUGGCCUGCGUUGUUCAUCUUGCAGGCACUGGAGACCAUACAUUCGAACGGAGAUUGCGUCUUGGUGGGCCGUUGUUGAAGGAUAAUAUUGCAACUAUGGUAUUGGAAAGCCCUUACUAUGGACAAAGACGCCCUGUGCUGCAGAGUGGUGCAAAGCUCUUGUGUGUUAGUGACUUACUUUUAUUAGGUAGAGCAACCAUUGAAGAGGCACGGGGUCUUUUGCACUGGCUAGACUCUGAGGCUGGGUUUGGCAAGACGGGCGUUUGUGGACUUAGCAUGGGGGGAGUUCAUGCUGCAAUGGUUGGAUCACUACAUCCCACACCAAUUGCAACCCUACCUUUUCUCUCCCCACAUUCCGCUGCUGUGGCAUUCUGUGAGGGGAUAUUAAGGCAUGGUACUGCCUGGGAGGCACUGAGAGAAGAUCUUGCAGCGCAAAAGGCUGCAACAACUCUCCAGGAGGUGCAAGAACGGAUGCGAAAUGUAUUGUCUCUCACAGAUGUCACGCGCUUUCCAAUUCCCAAAAAUCCCAAUGCUGUUAUAUUUGUUGCUGCAACUGAUGAUGGUUACAUACCAAAGCAGUCUGCUGUGGAGCUUCAAAAGGCUUGGCCAGGAUCAGAGGUGAGAUGGGUUACUGGAGGGCAUGUCUCAUCUUUCAUUCUUCACAAUGGCGAGUUUCGGAAGGCAAUCGUUGACGGGCUUAGCAGAUUAGAUUGGAAGGAGUCUCAAUUGUAAAUUUGUAACAUAUGUAUCAAACGCAAAACAAUUAUUUUUUCGGUGAUCAUCUUCAGCCGUAAUUCUUGAUUAACUUGUAAAUUGUAUUAUAACUGAUAUCUGACAGUUCUCCAUGGAAGAAACAAAAAAGAAAAGAAAAAUAAAGGUGUCCUUUUUUGUGAAUGAA